CAAACCAAUCUGGGACCAGGCUAAAUUGAAAGUUGGGAAAAGGUUGGAUUUGAAAAUGAAAGGACUGUCUUGAUAAGUAGAUUUGGGAAAUUGUGGAGGUCUGCUGAAUCAGUCAUCAUUCUGAUAUGAAUGUAUGACCACUGUCCAUGAAGGAGAGGAAAGGAGGAAAAUUGGGGUCGCGGGAUUUUGGGCAGAACGCGAGAUUUCCCAUGUGACCAAGGGAACCGUGUUUUGUUGCUGGCUGGCAUGACUUUCUAAACCACUAUCUCGCUAGCUAGCACGUGAGCAUAUUUGCAAUUCGCAUGGAGCUUCCAGAGCCGAUCAGAAGACGUUUAGGAGACUUUUCCAGAACUGUGUUUGUUGAUCAGAGUCAUACUCAACCAUCUCCCGAAGAUGUCACGUUUUUGGGGCACAGUGAGUGGACACUUGGAUGGAUUGGUAGCUGAAACGCUAGCUAGCGCUUGUCUCAACUAGUACUGUAGCUAGCUAAACAAGCCAUUACCAACCCAUUAUCCAUAGGUACCAGGCAGAUAUUAUUUACAUCUGUUGGGCCGGUCGUGUAUAGGUUAUCUACUAACUAGCUUACUAGCAAGUAGGAUACGGAAAGAUAACGUGAAUCCUAUUGUUUUACGUUCCCAGACAGUGAGGUUGUCUCCAGCCUGCCUCUCCAGAUGUCACUGUUCUUCAACAUGUGUUUUUUCCCACUGUGGUGGAUCAGCGAGGUGGUGAUGCUGCACCUCAAGGUAACUCACCUCUAGAAUUUAGAUGCACUCAUACUCUAUGUACCUAAAUGUAACCAGUAUCUAAAUAAACCCCUUUGCCUUUUUUUUCUUGUUUCAGUAUCCAGCCCUUCCUGACUACUAUAAGUUCAUCCUCAUCACCAUUCUCAUUCUGAUGACUCUCAUAGAGGCUAUCAGACUCUACCUAGGCUAUGCAGGAAAUUUGCAAGAGAAGGUACACACUUUCACUGUCUCCUUAAUUCUUAAAGGGCGACUGUACUUCCUGAUUUGGCCUCAUUUUAGAUUUGGUUCAUUAAGAAAUUCUAGUGGCCAUGACUGAAUUCAAAAGUGAGUUGGUUUCAGGGUAUGGUUUGAUAUGGGUGUCUCGUGUGUGUUUGCAGGUGGGAAGAGUUAUCCAAAUGAUUAAGCCAAUUAGCUUCAUCCGACUGGUGUGCAACCCUGGCAAAAUUGGUUUGGAUAGCCUAUUUCUGGGGCUAGUUGGGGACCGUCAAUAUAUUACUAAUGUAAAUGAGACAAUAUUUUCAUGUUGCACACCUUUUAGUUUUCUCAUUAAAUGCUUUCAAUAUUUGUAUAUGAAUUUCUACAAUUUAUAGUUGGUUUGAGGUUUUUAAGUCAUUGAAAUUUGGAGCUAUUGGAAUUUUAACAUAUUAUCCCAUGUACAUUGUGUAAUUUACAGAUGGUCCCUAACUAGCCCCAUAGGUAUAUCUAACGUCAACCCAAAUUUACCACAGGCAUUACGAUUGGGUCGCUGCACUUCAAAUUGACGAUUACUUGUGUGCUGACAGCUGUGAGCAGGUUUGAAACAAACCCAACUUUCAUUUACUCUGUUUUAGACGAGACUGACUUUAUGGCCAAAAUUAUCGUAUUUAUUUACAUUUACAUUUUAGUCAUUUAGCAGACGCUCUUAUCCAGAGCGACUUACAGUUAGUGAGUGCAUACAUUGCUCUAUCAACUGAGCUACAUCCCUGCCGGUCAUUCCCUCCCCUACCCUGGACGACGCUGGGCCAAUUGCGCGCCGCCCCAUGGGUCUCCCGGUCGUGGCCGGCUACGACAGAGCCUGGAUUUGAACCAGGAUCUCUAGUGGCACAGCUAGCAGUGCGAUUUUGACAGUAUAAUAAAUAUUUCUGACCUAUAUCAAUGCCACAGGCUGUUUUCUAAAUGAGAAGUUGGUUUUUAUGGGCAGUUGCUCUUUAAGCCAUAGGCCACCUCUGGGGUUGGCCCAUGGUUGGAAAACACCUCACAGAGAACUGGUCUUGGGUGAUUGUUUACGGUCUCUCUCUCAUGACAGGUUCCUGAGCUGGCUGGUUUCUGGCUCCUGAGUCUCCUGCUGCAGUUUCCUUUGAUUCUGUUUCAGCUCUUCAACCAAGCCAUUCUGAUCCAACCUCUGGAGAGAGGGGUUCACAUCAUUCUGGCCCUGUUCAUACUCACACAGGUGAGGUUGCAUGCCUGUUGCCUGUUCCUACCAUGGUAACUAGAUUACUGUCCAAUUUGACGACAUUGGGGUAAUUUAAACCCUGUUCAAACCAGAAACCCUGGUUUAUUCUCUCUGUCGUGUAUAAAGGUUGUGUGUCUGGGGUCUCCCGAGUGGCGCAGCGGUCUUGAGGCGUCACUACAGACCCGGUUUCGAUCCUAGGCUGUGUCGCAGCCGGCCGCGACCGGGAGACCCAUGAGGCGGCGCACAAUUGGCCCUGCGUCGUCCGGGUUAGGGGAGGGUUUGGCCGGCCGAGAUGUCCUUGGGUUAAGCGAGCAGUGUGUCAAGAAGCAGUGGGGUUGUGUUUUAGAGGACGCAUGGCUCUCGACCUUCGCUUCCCCCAAGUCCGUACGGGAGUUGCAGCGAUGGGACAAGACUGUAGCUACCAAUUGGAUAUCACGAAAUUGGGGAGAAAAUGUUUUUUUUUUUAAACGGUUGUGUGUCUGUUCUAACACAGUCCUUUUCUCUCUCAGGCCCUCUCUGGCUUUGUGGCUCUGCGUGGGAUGGUCAGACACACAGAGAGCCACUUCCACCUCAGACAGUUUGAUGGGGUUCAGGACCUGAGGGCAGCCUGACUGCUCUGCUGAGCUGACACGCAGAGAUAGAGGUACUCAGGUGUAAAUCUCCCAUUUGAUGUUGAUUAUCAUUAAGGAGAAAUUUGAGUUGCUUAAGUGUAUCUCAAGUUAGAAUUCAGCUCUGUGUUUUAUCAGUGGACCAUGUUCAGCCAUUUACACAGAUGUAUUUUAUUGAUGUUUGUGCCUUGAGUGAUUAUUUUUAUUUUUGUAUUGAUGUGAAGACAAUAAAGGUUUGGGUUUUUAGACACGUA